GAAAUGGUACAGUCCGGAACUUGAAUCAUUUUGCGGGAAGUUUCCGAUGUCUAAUUAACGUUCGUUCCACCGAGUUUACAAACGGACGUGUUUGCUUCGUGUCUCAAUGAGUGCCAAAAAGGGCCGGAGAGCCAAAGUGCUCUCGGUGACACAACAGAAAGGUUCACCCAAUGAUCGAACGGAUUCUCCCAACCUGUCCUCCAUAGAGAGAGGGAGCUUCCUUGAGGGACUGCAGCAGGCUUAUGGUAACCCUCUGCACAGCACGGCCCUGGAGGAAGAUCUAAGCGUCCCAGAGGAGGGUCAGACGAACCGAGGCAAAGCUGGGAGAAAGGAAAUCACUCAGACAGGGAAGAGCGCUGUAAAAGAGCGAGGAGCCGCCGCCAAGAGGAAGGAGGCGGAGAGGAACGGGGAGAAUGAGGAGGAACAGGAGAAGAAAAAGAGGAGCAGGAGAAGUACUACAGGGGCGAGGCCAGUGGAAAAUCAGCAGAUGAAGAGUGAGAACAGUGAGAGUGAAACGGAACGAGGAAAGCCCGGUGACGCUGCUCCGCAGGCGAGGAAGCGAGUGGAGGAAUCUCACACGGGCCGUAAGCGAGUGCUGUCCUCGUCUGAGGGGGAGGAUGGCGAUGAGAGUUGGAACCCGAGCCCAAAGAAGGCAAAGGUUUUAAACUUGGCCAGAAGCAGAAAGUUGUCAUCUAAUAAGUCGAAACCUACAACAUCAUCUUCAGAACCAGACAAGCCCAACAGAGAUGAACAGAGGAAAAAGAGACGUGCGGGUGGAGGAACCGAGACAGAGGUGGUGCUGGAUGCCUUCCUAGACUUCUGUGACCAGUACAGAGAGUCGGUGGAGUCCAAAGCAGUCAAACAGGCUGUUGAUUCUUUCUCCUCCAACGUGGAAGAGCAACUGUUGGAAAAGAUUUCUACUUCGAGGGAGUUAAAGGUUCUAAAAAAAGAAAAUGCCAAGGUGGCUUCUUCCAUCCACACAAAGAAACGGAGACUACUGGAUGCCAAACACGAGCUGAUGAGGGCAGAGCGGGCGGCGUGGCUGCUGCAGAAGGAGAAAGCUGAGCUUAAAGUCCAGUUGGCCGACCUGAGACGAGGCCAAGCCUUUCUGCGGGACUUCAGAGAGCUCAACCGACUUUACCUGGACCACCGACGCAAGCGGCCCAAAGAAAAAGAGACGUACGGGGCGGCCAGCUUGCCUGCUCUGCUGCUGGAGACCAAGCAGGUCAGGACCGCUGAGCACCAGCUGUAAGGGAGCAACCAGCAGCCCAGAGGGAGGCGGAAGAAGAACCCGACCGAGGAACCGUGUGUGGAAUGAGAGCCAGCACAGAACGUGCACAGGUGGAAUACUUGGAGGCUACAUGAGCCACGCUGAGGCUGUAUGACUUCUGUAGUGUUCUCUGAUAGAUGCAAUAAACAUUUGUCAAAUACUGUA